AUGGGAAAGAAACGGAUUCGUAUAGUUAAUGCUGAAAUUGAGCCACAGCCACAAGACCCAUCACAUGGGUCAUUAGGGCCUAAUCAGUCACAAGACACACUACCUCUUGAUCAAUCACUUGGCCCAUCAGCUAAUCGUUCAAGUGCCCUAUUAGUGCCUCAACCUCAAGCAAAUGAUAAUUCAGAUGAGGAAUCUACAAAUAUAGAAGUUCAAAUUACAGAUCGUGCAGGUGUACGUAGCACACGUGGGAUAACACGUAUGUCUGAGAUAUGGAAUUUAACUGAUGGGAAAAAGGUUGAGUUGUCUUUUAAUGGUUGUUUUCAGCCAGUUGAACGUGAAGGUAUUAUUUUUAAUCGAUUUGUGGGCACUGUUGCAAGAAAGCCAAAUUUAUGUCCAAUUAGUUAUCUUAAUUGGCGUAAAGUACCUAAUGACUACAAAGAAAAAAGUUGGACUAUUAUUGAGUCAAAAUUUCACAUUUCCAAAAAUGAGGAAGAAAGAAAGAUCAUCAAACGUUUGACUUUAAAGGGUUUGGGUGAAAAGUGGAGGAAUUGGAAGUGCGCCUUGAAAGCAAAGCAUUAUGAUGAGUCAAAAACUGCAGCAGGGAUAGUAGCUGAGGCCCCAAGUACAGUGAAUCGCCAAGAUUUUGCUACACUUGUAAACUUUUGGUUUAGUAGAGAUGGACUGGAACGUAGUAAGGCUGGUAAGAAAGCCAGUAAAAAGAAAAAAGAUGUACACACUGCAGGAUCAAAAUCUUAUGCACAACAUGCCUUUGUUAUGUUCAAAAAAGAUGGGGUUGCACCAAAUCGAGGGAAGCUAUAUGUAAAGCUUCACAAAAAAAAGGAUGGGAUGCCAGUUAAUGAGGAUGCAAGUGAGAAAAUUGUCAAGUCCUCCUUUACUUCUUUCAUGAAAUGA